CGACCCAACCAGGGGCCCUCCUGCUCCCUCUCUCCCCGUUCCGCCCACCUCCCUCCUCGAUCUGUCCCGGCGAGCUAACCCCCCCCCCCCCAAAUCGCCUCCAAUUCCUCCCCUCCUCUCUCGCAGUGGUGUAAAGCCGAGCACAUCACAACAUCACCAAACCAUCACCACCGGCAACCCUCAAUCGUCGCAGGUGACAGGCAUGAGCGGUGCGCUCUCCGGCGUUGUUAUCGUACACAGCUACUGAGUUAUAUACACACAACAGUAUAUAUACACAUUACUGUGUUAGCUGUGCUGCGUGCUAACUGAGAGCUGGGUCUGCCACGGAAAGAAGAGGGAAGAAAAAAAGGAAAUCUGCGCCGCUGAUUUUGCUCAAUUGAAGGGAUCGAUUGACUGCACGGCUCCGCAGAGGGAACAAACUGAUCCCUCCAUCCCCGACUGCUCCGGGGUGGCAUGAAUGGUAGGACAUAGAGCUCUACCAAGUACAGGCCAUGGCACCACGCAAGCGGGCACGGGGGCUGUGGUGUCUGCUGUGCUGCUUCGACGGGUGCCAGAGGGACGAGCCCCCGCAGAUCACACAUGGCCUCACGCUGCACCGUGACCACGUCUCCUCCAUCCAUGCCCUGGAGGCCCCCAUGCCCAUGCCUUCUCAGGAGGAGCUGGACAUGCGUUUCUCCGAGCUUGUGGAUGAGCUGGACCUCCCAGAGAAGCACCGUGAGGCCAUGUUCGCCCUGCCUGCAGAGAAGAAGUGGCAGAUCUACUGCAGCAAGAAGCAGGAACAGGAUGACCCGAACAGGCAGGCGACGAGCUGGCCCGACUACUACAUCGAUCGCCUUAACCAGAUGGCAACGAUGCAGUCCAUGUUUGCGUACAACCAGGAGGAGGUGGAGACACGCAACAAGACGGUGGAGGGCCUGAAGACUGCCCUGCGCACCCAGCCCAUGAGGUUCGUGACGCGCUUCAUCGAGCUGGAUGGCCUCUCCUGCCUCCUGAACUUUCUAAAAAAAAUGGACUAUGAGACGGCCGAGAGCCAGAUCCACACAUCGGUCAUCGGCUGCAUCAAGGCCCUGAUGAACAACUCACAGGGCAGGGCGCACGUGCUGGCGCACCCCGAGAGCAUCAACGUGAUCUCGCAGAGCCUGAGCUCGGAGAACGUGCGCACCAAGGUGGCGGUGCUGGAGAUCCUGGGCGCCGUGUGCCUCGUGCCAGGCGGCCACCGCAAGGUGCUGCAGGCCAUGCUGCACUACCAGCAGCACGCCGCCGAGAGGACGCGGUUCCAGACACUGAUCACCGAACUGGACAGAAAUACAGGGAAGUACCGUGACGAGGUCAGCCUGAAAACGGCCAUCAUGUCCUUCAUCAACGCCAUCCUCAACGCUGGAACGGGCCAGGAAAACCUGGAGUUCCGAGUUCAUCUCAGAUACGAGUUUCUAAUGUUGGGGAUCCAGUCGUUGGUUGACAAGCUGAGGUCACAUGAAAAUGCCACUUUGGACCGACAUCUGGACUUCUUCGAGAUGAUCCGGAACGAGGAUGAAGCCGAGCUGGCCAAGCGAUUUGACAUGAUGCACAUCGACACGAAGAGUGCCGGGCAAAUGUUCGACGUCAUCAAGCGAAAGCUGAAGUUCACGGAGGCGUACCCACACCUCAUGUCCAUCCUCUACCACUGCCUGCACAUGCCAUACAAGAAGAGCAGUGUGAUGGUGCAGCACUGGCAGCUGCUCGACCGCAUCCUGCAGCAGAUCGUCCUGCAGAGUGAGCGUGGAGACGACCCCGACGUCGCCCCCCUGGAGAAUUUCAACGUCAAGAACAUCGUCCGCAUGUUGGUGAAUGAAAACGAAGUCAAACAGUGGAAAGAGCAAGCUGAGAAAAUGAGAAAAGAGCACAGUGAGCUGUUGGGCCGCCUGGAGAAGAAGGAGCGGGAGUGCGAGGCGAAGACGCAGGAGAAGGAGGACAUGAUGAAGACGCUGAACAAGAUGAAGGAGAAGCUGCAGCGCGAGUCUCAGGAGCUGCGCGUCGCUCGUGAGCAGACGGCGGCCCUGAGCGCCAAGCUGCAGGAGAUGGGGCACACGGGCAUCAUCACGGGCCCGCUCCCCAGUCUUGCUGCACCCCCGGCUCCUCCGCCGCUCAUGGGGAUUCCACUUCCUCCUCCCUUCCCUGGCAUGGGGGCGCCACCACCGCCUCCACCCCCACCGGGGGCACCUCCGCUCCCCCCGGGGCCCCCUCCACUCGGCAUGAACUUUGCAGUGGCCCCAGCGGCACCCGUCCUCAAAAAGAAGAACAUUCCCCAGCCAGCCAACCCGCUCAAGUCCUUCAACUGGGCCAAGCUGCCGGAGAACAAAAUUGAUGGCACAAUAUGGAGUGAGCUGGACGACCAGAGAGCGUUCCGAGUUCUGGACCUGCAGGACAUUGAGAGGGUAUUCUCGGCCUACCAACGGCAACAGAAGGAAUUGGGUUCAACCGAGGACCUUCACCACGGCAACAAGAGAGCCAAGGAACUGUCCGUCAUCGACGGACGCCGGGCUCAAAACUGUGUCAUCUUGCUCUCCAAGCUGAAGAUGUCCAAUGAGGAGAUAAAGCGAGCGCUGAUGAGGAUGGAUGAGCAAGAGGAACUGCCCAAAGAUAUGCUGGAGCAGCUGCUCAAGUUUGUGCCGGAGAAGAGCGACGUGGACGUGCUGGAGGAGCACCGGCACGAGAUCGAGCGCAUGGCCCGCGCCGACCGCUUUCUCUUUGACAUGAGCAGGAUUCCUCAUUACCAGCAACGGUUACAGGCGCUUUUCUUCAAAAAGAAGUUUGCCGAGCGACUUGGGGAGUGCAAACCGAAGGUGGAAGCCAUCCUACUGGCGUCACGCGAGGUGUCAAGAAGCCGGCGCCUCCGGCAGCUGCUGGAGCUGGUGCUGGCGCUGGGGAACUACAUGAACAAGGGCCAGCGAGGCAACGCCUACGGAUUCAAGAUUUCGAGCCUCAACAAGAUCGCCGACACCAAGUCCAGCACCGACAAGAACAUCAACCUGCUGCACUACCUCAUCAUCGUGGUGGAGAAGAAGUUCCCGGACGUGCUGGGCAUAUCUGAUGACCUGCAGCACGUGCCCGAGGCCGCCAAAGUCAACCUGACGGAGAUGGAGAAGGAGAUCAACAACAUCAAGAUUGGGCUGAAAGCUGUGGAAGCUGAGCUGGAGUUCCAACGGACGCACGCCUCGGCCAUCGGCGAUCGCUUCAUCUCCGUCAUGAGCGACUUCAUCACUGUGGCAAGCUUCAGCUUCUCUGAGCUGGAGGAUUUGCUGAGUGAGGCCAAGGAGAAGUUCAACAAGUCGGUGUCACACUUUGGAGAGGAAGGAGGGCGCACGCAGCCCGAGGAGUUCUUCGGAAUGUUCGACGCGUUCCUCUCGGCGUUUGGCGACUCCCGGCUGGAGCUGGAGGCCAUGCGGCGUCGCAAGGAGGAGGAGGAGCGGCGCGCACGCGUGGAGGCACAGCUGAAGGAGCAGCGUGAGCGGGAGCGGAGAGCCAAGAAAGCGCGGCAGGGCUCAACUGAGGAGGGCGGCGAGUUCGACGACCUGGUGUCGGCCUUGCGCUCCGGCGAGGUCUUCGACAAGGACCUCUCCAAGCUGAAGCGCAACCGCAAGCGCUCGGGGAACAUCCUUCUGGAUGCAAGCAGGGAGAGGCCUUUGGCCAAGCUCAGCUAAAGCUUGCUGCUAAGCUGGAGUGAGGCGGUGAAUGUUAUGGGCGGGAUGAGCAAACAAAGGAAGCCUGCUGGCUUUAGCAGAUUGACAAGGUGGGGGGCAUGAGUGAACUGGAGGUUGAAGAGUGGAUAAAUAACUUUUCGAUGUAAAGAAUGAACCUGCAAGUCUGCCCAAGGCUGGCCUUUGAAAUGAUUGCAAGAGAAUCCCUGGAAACAGCAGCCAGGGAUGAUUUUUGAAAUGAGAACUGAAGAAGAAGCUGCAGGAAGGAAUGGCCCCAUUGCUGUCUAAUGUAAUCACCACCCUUUACCAAUUCCUCUCACCCACCCUUCCAACUCAAGGUGAUGGAUGGUUGGACGCUGGACAUAUAUGACCAUGCUGCAGAAAAAGAUCUUCAAAAAAGACACUUGAAAAUUGAUGGGAGGAUAUUGGCCGGCAGUAUUUGCAACACAAACAAUGAGCACAAAGAUACUGUUGUACAUCACUGCCUUUCAACGACACCCCGCUAACGCAAGUCUCAUUAUAUGCAUGAGCUCAGCCAAGACAUUUCGCCAAAUCCAAUAGCCAUUUGUGUAGCUUUGUACGUAAAGAAACCAGCGCCACGGUCUUCAUCUGAUAAGAGACUUGAUCUGUUUAAACUGGGCAAGUACGACGACUCCCGAAGCAACAAAAAGCAAGAUCGGAUUUGCACGCAUAAAUAAAUAAAUUACAAUAGAACGUUCCUCAAGUUUGUGGGCAAAAUUCAAGCUUCAUUUCCAAAAGGUUGCCAGCACGUCAGUCUGCAUCAGGAAGGUUGCUCUUCACUGGUCCCACUGUCGACCACAGGACACUGUUAGCAUUAAUUAAUUUUGGAAGCAAAUUGACCCUCACUGUAAGGAGUCAAGUGUUUUCAUUUAAGUCAUCGCCACUUUAUUACAUUUUACACCAAAGAACUUUUGCAAAGAUCAGUGUAUUGGAAGUAAGCGUACAGUAGUUGAAUUGACAAUGUUAUGUUCUCUAUGAAAAAUAAUAUUUAUCUGCUAAAAGUAUUUUAAGAGCUAAAGCAUUAGAAGGAUAACACUUAUUUAAAAAGUGUGAAAGCCAUGAAGAGAAGCCUUUGCACAAGGCCUCAACAAAACUGUUGGUUAACUCCAUUUCACAUGGGGCACAUGCUUUUUUGUCUGUUACAUUUCCAUAAAUGAGCAGGUGCAUCCAGAGGUAAUUGCUGUUUCUCAAUCAAGAAAGGUGGUGUGUAAACAUUUUCAUUUGAUAACAAGAUAUUCACAAACAUGUGCUAUGACAAGGGCUAGAAUGUGCAUACCUCCAGCACUGAAUGGAGUAUUGUUGGCAGCAAUGCUGUAAGAUUUACAUUGUUUUUCUCCUGGUGCACAGGAGAUUAUAUUUUAAAUUUCAAACCCAGAUUGCAAAUGGACUUUGGUGUUGUGGAACCAAUUCCACAACAAGUGGGUCAAGAGUAGCCUAUUCAGGUGUCUGUGCCAUGUCUGCUUUCUUGGGGAAAAAUACAUCUGACAUAAAACAAUAAAAAGCAUCACUUGGCUUGAGGAAUAUGCUCUAGCCAGUCUUGGAUGCAAGGCUGGGAUCCAAGACACUGAGGUCGAGCCCGAAAGCCACAAGGCCGAGGUCAAGGCCAGGAGCCUUUUAAGUUGAGGCUGGUAUCAAGGCCAGAUCCUCUUGGCGGAGGCGAGUGUCAAGGCCGCUGCCUCUACACGACAAGUCCUGGAACCGAGGCCACACCACCGAGGCCAAGGUCAAAGAUGAGAGCAGAGGAAAUGUCCUCGAGCUGGCCUCGAUUGGUCUCGAGAACCAAAGGCUGGCUCAAGUGCAUUCCGAUUGCUGUGUUUCGCUUGAGGCCAACAAUCUCCUCCUGUUGACAGUGACACCAUUGCACAGAUGUUUUUUUUCCACUUCACUCGUUUGGGCUGCACAGCAACAUUGCUCCACCGCUCACUCAUCUCGCACCUCAGGAUUCGAGAAGCCUGGAAAUCUGUUUCUAGAGUAAUAAUAAAUACUGUCAAAUUAAUGUUCUAAAGGUACUGGAUUUACCUGAGCUAAAGUGCACUCUUAAGAAGGAUUUUUUUUCUUUAAAGUUUGUAUGUAAAGUGCGUGAAUCUCAAUUUAUUUUAAAUUUUUGUAUAAUCAGUACAUUUAGAACACACGUUGAAAUAGUUUUUAUUUUUUCAACAUAAUUUGUAUGUUUGAGUAUAUAUUUUUCUGCAGCGAUGUCAACAUUCUCGAUAUAAAGAUGUUUUCCUUAAGCAUUGUAGUGGAAGCAUGUAUAGUGGUAGUUGGUGAGCGUGGACUAGCCUAAUGGUGCCUUUUGUGUCACUGUGUAUACACAUAGCCAAACGCACGCACGCACUGCACGCACGCACACACUGAACGCACAACGGAGAAUUCAGGAAUAGUAAGUGCCUGUCCUCGUUAAACGACCACCAAAUUUACAAUUAUUGAUUGCAACACAACUUAGCAGGAGGCAAAAAAAAUACCAUGGUGGCAACAAACAUUUGGAAAAUUACAGCAUCUAAAAUAUACAUCGGCAAACGGUGAACAAAAAACACGACGUUCAAUUUAUGAUUGUCAUAACUCACGUAAAUAAUGGUCUUAAUAGAAAUGGCACAAGGGAUGCUUUCAGGCGUGCCCUCGUCUCCGCCGAAAGGGUGCUUUGACUUCCUGAAAGCCUGCGCAUGUGUUCCUGUUUUCAUUUCAUUAAGGGCAGUGACAUAUGCCGCAGAAGAAGAACGUGAUUGAAUUUUGCGUUAACUCCGUGUCGAGCUGGCUCGGCCGACAGAAUGCGAGCAUGUGCAGAAUGAUAACGAUCUCUGUCCAAUAUCUUGUAUUCAUCUUUCCAACCACAGCACUUACAACACGGUGCCAUAUGCGUGUUGUGUGCUUAGCACGCUUUUUCAUGUUGGAUCAAGGAGAUGCUUCUUUGCCAAAUAGUAAUUUAGCAUUUUCACUCGCAGUGAAAGCUAUGGCCAGUUAUUUGCAGUUUAACUUUCAAAAUAAUGCCUUCGAAUCAAUUAUAUAUGUCAUAACUACGAAAUUCCUAAAAUAAGUAUAUAUUUGAUAUUCGGAGCAUUGCAUGAAACAAGAAUGCAGACAACUCACAUUUGCCAAAAUGUGAAAGGCGUGUGAAUUAUUAAAUUAUAUCCUUAAUUUAGAAAUGUUACUUAAAUGCCGAGUUAUGACAAGCUGUUUAAAAUUGUGUUCAUUAUUGCAUACUCGUUGGAAAGGUAACAAUUCGACUCAAUAUUAAAUGGAUAAAAUGUAUUAACAUAACUUGAAAAUUCAUGAGAAGAUUUAUAGGACUCGAAGACACGUCCAGUCGACAAGUUUCGUCUGUGUGCAUUUUUUCUAUACAGUUGUUAUAAUCAGUAUUUAAAAACAAAAUGUGUCGAAUGAAUUUCAUCUUGUCUUCAUGCUCAAAUGGAAAUAUGCCAUUUUGGUUGACUGGCUGUAGUCACAAGUAAUAACAUUUAAAUAAGAACAGUAUUACAAUAAUGACAUAAACACGUAAUCCUAAUUGUGCACAUAUAUGUAAUGUAUAGCAAAAAUAAUAUCGUGACAUUUCAAAGUCAGAAAGGAGUGUAACUUUCACAGGCCUGUGUCAGGUGUGGUGGAUUUUUGUUUUACUAAUAGCAAACGCUUCUUAUUGCAUCCAAAGAUAAUCAUUUAAAAAAAACAUUUAAACCAUACGUGAGGUCUAAACAUUCAAACAAUUUCAGAUCUCAUAGGGACUGCAUUUCCUCAAGCUAAAUCAAUCCCUGGACCUCAUGAUAACUUAAAGUCACAGUUCACACGUUAUCCUUGUUAAAAUUGCAUCUUUUUCUUGGUGCUGACUGGAGAAAUCAAAGUGCAAAGUCAAGAUUUGGCUUUGUGCACUGCAGUCAUGCAUAAAGCAAAAUGAUCACAGUACGUGGGUAUUGUUGAUCCUGGGACAUUUUGGUGGUAAAAUUCACUCUUUUCUUCAUUGACAUUGAUCUGUGCAUGUGGCAAUGUUUCACCCCCCACUGUGUUGACAGACUGUCAUCUGCAGUGGCUCGGUCUACAGUGCACCACUUUUCAGUGCCAAGCCACCUUGAGUAAACACAGGCCUGAAUGGUGCUCUGUUCAUGCACAAGUUGAGCUUUCGGCUUAUCCAGCACUUCAGGACACUCUCUACUUUCUUGCAUAAUUUUGUGAUCUGACUGUGGGUAAAUGUUGCUCAGCUGAGCGAUUGUCGUAAAAUUAGACCUGAGCGAUCGUCGUAAAAUUAGACCUUUUAACAUUGGAUACUGCAAGCUUCAGAUAGUGCUGAGUUUUGGAUAAUCCUUGUUCUUAUACAGUCCAUGUGUAUAGAGGACAACCCCACUCCUGGCAUUGAGAAGAAUGACUGCGGCGCUGCUGUUGGGCUGUCGUAUUUCUACUUAAUGUAUGAAAAUCCUAAAACCAUGUGUUGUCCACGUUUUAGCUCAGAGGCGCGUUAAAGGGGCUCAAACUUGUCAUAAUAAGACCAAACUGCUGCAAGUAAUGGAUGCAUCUAUAAGCACACAUUGUGAAUAGCUUUGCGUUUUAUCAGUUACAUUUGCAUGACACUUUGGACGUUAGGAUUAAUAUGCUUGUUAUUAAAGUGUUGUAGUCUACACAGAACAAAAAAGUGGCUUCCAGCCAGACUGGCUUUAGUGAAAGUCUGGUUUGAACAAAAAAUGUUUGUAGCAUUUUACCUUUGGUCAAAAAGGUUAUUUAAAUGUUACGCUUUUGACUUAAAAUUAUAUAUAAACUGCCUUUGCUCUGUAUUUUACAAGUUUAUUAUCUAGCAAAUUUUGAUUUUCGUAUUUGAUCGCCUUUGUAAAUAUCACUCUGUUAUUUAACGCACUUAAGGCACAGACGCCCUAAACUCCCGUCAGCUUAAUAAAGCCCUUGUACACAAUUCAA